AUGGCCGCGCAGCAGCCAGUGGCCACAGACGACGAUGAAGCCAGGCAGCAGCUGCUGCAGCAGAGGCGUCCGCCAAACGCUGAUACUCGAGGCAUGACCGUGGCGCCCUGGUUCCGUGCUGGAGCCGCAACUGCCGGGCCCGACCUGAUGGGCGAGCCGGAGCCGGAGACGUGGAAAGCCAUGAAGCGCUACUGGGAAUCCAAGCUGGCACUCGAGGAGCAGCUGGACCUGCUCCAGAAGCUGCGUGAGGCCGGUGACGGUGGCGUCGGCGACACAGUCAACGACCAGGCCGUCGAGGCAGCACGCGCGCCGCUCGGGGACAUGCUCAGCGAGUACGAACUGGCAUUCGCGGCGGCCGAGGCGCAGGGAUGGCAGCCGGCGUGGUAUCCAAUUCCGCAGAGCUUCAAGGAUGCGCGGGGCCAACGGCGAGCGAGACGAAGCGAGGAGACUAAUAAUCUGAGCCAAGAAAAGCGAGACAACACAUGGCCAGGAGGGCGGGCAUCUUAA